AUGGCUUCGUCUGGCGUCGUGGUAAUUUUGCUAACUACCGCGAAACUGGCACAAAGGAAGGGGGAACCGCAAAUUGCUCUGCGUUUCCCCAAGAGCCUCCUCUCGAAAUGUGGAGGAGAGCUGCAGCUGCUCUUGGCUCUUCCCAUCCCGCCUGUUCGUUGUGAAGGUAGUCAGGACCCAUACGUGUGCCCAGGGACUACCAAACCUUUGCGUGAAGUCGUUUGCCUAGGAUGCGUGGGGUUGUUUGGAGAGUGGAGGAGCCUCCUGGGGCUGAAACCGCUGAGCAGCGUGCCGCAGGGUGGUCGCCACUGCUCUGCUGCAGGGGCUGGAGCAGAGCGUAACCAUUUUGUGCCCAGUGUUGUGCCCGGGACCUUGUGCCUCUGCCUUGCCUCCUCCUCGGAGCCAGCUGCCGAUGGCCUCACGUCAACAUCUCUGCUGGAGUUUGCCAUGAUGUCCCACCUGGAGGCCAUGAAUUCCCACGAGCAAACCAGCCCGGAGGCUGCGGAGCCUGAUCUUGCCCCUGGCUCUCUGCACGCUGCCCCAGGGUCGGGCUUUGCCAGCGAGGAGAAUGAGGAGUCCAAGAUCCUACAGCCCCCGCAGUACUUCUGGGAAGAUGGGGGAGAGCUCAACGACUCCAGCCUGGACUUGGGACCGGCAACAGAUUACAGCUUUCCUGCUGCGUCUCAGAAGGCCCUGCUGAAAGGGAAUGGGACACAGGUGAAAGACAACUGGGAAACAGCCACUCUCCAGCCGCCAGCAGAAUUUGUUGAGCCUGACUUGCACACGCCUUUCUCCAGCACGCUGGAGGAAGAGGAGGGGCUGCUCCCGAUAGACCACUCCAGAGGAGGAGUGGAGAGCCUCCAGACCUCCGAGCCAGAGGUUACCUCUUCUGAACCAGAGGGCCAAGAGGACUCCACUCUUCUGUUUUCCACAGCCUCCGCCAGGCCAGGUAUUGUGACCGAGGCAGCCAUAGGAGGGCAAGAAGAGGACUCUGCUCCUCCAGGCUUAGACCUUGGGAGCAGCAUGGGACCAGGUCUUCUGCCUGUGUCCUCUGUUUUUUCUACUACUGUUGCUGCAAGGUCUCCCAGUGUUUCAGAAGAGCCCUUUGAGGUGACAGCUGGGGACACGUGGGCUGUUGGGGGAGCGGAUUUGGAGCUGACUGUGACUACCACGAGAGCAGAGCUUGCAGAGACCACAGUGGAGGCUGGUGGGGAAGAGCAUUCGGCCAGAGAGGAGGUCUCGGAGACCACAGUAGGGUGGGAGAUGCUGGAGCCCACGGUGCUAACCGAAAUGGAGCAGACAGUGGGAACGCCCGUGGGGACACCCUCUCCUGGAGGCGGCUCCCCAGGCACCCAGACUCUUCCUGGGAGUGAGCAGCACCCCGCUGCUUCUGCGUCUCCGUGGGACAGGGCUAAUGAGCCUGCGCUGGAUCCCGUUUGGAAUGACACCGAGUCAGCCACUGAGACCGUGGCAGCAGAGAGGAGCUUGUCACCACAGGCUGGGGAUGCCCGCGUGGCUGUGCUGCCAACGGAGCUGCCCUGGGACUCAGCACAGGUGAUCUGCAAAGAUUGGAGCAACCUUGCGGGGAAGAACUACAUCAUCCUGAAUAUGUCGGAUAACAUCGACUGUGAGGAGUUUCGGCUGGAGAGGGGUCCCCAGCUGUUGGCACUGGUGGAGGAUGCCUUCUCCAGGCAGGCAGAUGGGCUGCAGGACCGCUGGCUGAUCUCUCUGAGCAAACCCAACGAGAACGACAAGCACUUGCUCAUGACACUGGCGGGGGAACAGGGCAUCAUCCCUACAAAAGAUGUUCUCAUGGCACUGGGGGAUGUUAAGAGGAGCUUAGCGGAGAUUGGCAUCCAGAAUUACUCAACCACAACAAGCUGCCAGUCACACCCCAACCAGACACGCAGCGAUUAUGGGAAACUCUUUGUGGUACUGGUGAUCAUUGGCUCCAUCUGCGCCAUCAUCAUUGUACUGGGGCUCAUAUACAACUGCUGGCAGAGACGCCUGCCCAAGAUGAAGAACAUGUCGCACGGCGAGGAGCUGCGCUUCGUUGAGAACGGCUGCCAUGACAACCCCACCUUGGAUGUGGCCAGUGACAGCCAGUCAGAGAUGCAGGAGAAGAAGCCAAGCGUGAACGGUGGAAACACCAUCAACGGCCCCGACAGCUGGGAUGUCCUGAUCAAUAAGCAGGCGAGCGAGGAUGUGGAUGUGUUUGAGGAAGACACACAUCUUUAGGAAAAAGAAGGGAGGGAACCACCCCCUUAAAUACAUUUGUCUCUCUCCUAUCUUGACUGAUGGACCAUGGGAUCAGGUGGCUUCUCAGGAACUUCUUAAAGGCUUGGGAUGGCUCAAGUCUUUGGGCAAGUUUUUCCAAUAGAAGUCCUGAGCCCUCACUGGGGCUUGGAGCCGGGAGGAUCACUGAACAGAGGGAAACGGGAGGGGUGGGUUUGUAGGUCUCUGUGUGUGUGUUCCUGUCAGUAGCACCAAUGCUUUUAUCACCUUUAAAUGCACUUACUGUAGCUCUCUGGUAGUGGCUGGGAGUGGCUGGGCUUGAGAAACAAGGCAGUGGGGCUAAGUCUGCCACCAAGAGUCCAGCUCGGGGAAGGAAAUCCACUUUGGGAGUCCAGCUGGAGCUAGGGCAGCCACAUCCUGACCUUGAGAUCCCAUUCAGUCCCUGCAGGUGCAUUCUGGAUGGAGGGGAGCCAAGACUCAGUCGAUAUCCUGGGCAGAGUUUGCAUUCCACAUGUGAAAAGAGGUUUUCUAGUGCUCUAGCAUUCAGCUGCUAAUUAGAUGGGCUGAUGUUUACAUUCGGGGAAAAAAAAAAAUCCCACUGUCAUCUCAUUUCCCCCCUUGAACCACAAACAGCCCCACUCCCUUUUUCAGCUCCGCAGCUCCAAGCUGAGUUUGCAAAGUUUGAGCACUUUUGCUUGGCUGACUGCAGAGAAUUCGGUGCCAUUGGUGCAGCAUCUUAGCUGAAAAUUUGCUUUAGGUUGGAGAGUUGCUCAAAAAAGGACAUUGACAUGCCUCUUUCACACAACAGCCUGUGAAAUCAGCAGCAAAGUAUCCCUUGUCUAAGUAUCAGGUUUAGACUGGCAGGCCUCCUCCACUCCUGUUCUUUUUUUUCCAGGAUAGUUUGGUUUCAGUUGGUCUUCCUGAGGUAAAGACUAUGUGAGACUUUUUAUACAGGGAGAAAAGUAAAAAAAUUGGAAACAGAUCAUUUUCUGGUCCUUUUGUUUCCUUUUCAGCAUCCUGCCCUGAGGGGGGGAAAUGUUUAAUGUCCCACAGGUGUAAAUUGGGGCAACAUCUUUAAAAUCACUGCAUUUAAGCAAGUGUAAAAGCCAGUUCAGAUGAGAUGAGAAUCAGAUCUAAGAGCUCCCCGAUGAACGUUUCUCAGGCAUGCCUCAGGCAACUUUGAGGCUCCAGCUCCCUGAAGAUGUGUGAUAAAAGGCACGUGAAUAUGCAUAAUUGUUCUCUGAGCCCUGCCUAAGCUGAGACUCAGAACUACUGUCAAGCCUGAAAUCCCAGAACAUUUGUUUCCUCUGUCGUCAAGGGACUGAGGGACUCGCUUCUGUCAGAGGCAGCAGCAUUCCUCUCUUAGGGCGAUCUGCAUCCUUGCUUACUGCGAGAUGCGGCUUCGCGUUUGGUCUUUACGGGAACCUUUGUACAGAAAGACCCCAGAUAUGCAGCCUGAUGCCAAGCCUGUAAAUCUACCCCUGUAUGUACAGAUAUUUUAGCAUGUUCAUCCCUGCUGUGAGUGCCUAAGCCAAGGUACGAGUCUGUUGUUUCAUUUUGCAUAGCGCUUUGCAUACAAACUGAAUCACAGAUCAUCUCGAGGUAGGACCACGUGGAGAUCCGUCCGUUAGGUGUUCAAGGAAGGCGACAGCCUUUGGUUUCCUAUCCAGAUUCCCAUUUUCAGUGUUUUUUAUGCUGCCUCCAUACCUUUCCCUGUGUUUUGUAGGAGGUGGAGGUGAUCAGCUCCUUUCCUAUCUCGUCGGUAGGGUUGCAGAGAUGCUCGGAGGAGUUCCCUCUCCUGCCCCAGCAGUUGCUAACGGGGGACAGUCCCUGACCGCCCCUUGCUGAGUUUGAUGGGUCUGUGCAGUCAGACUGCACAAGUUCAGUGGCUGUGUUGAUGGCACUUUGGAGCUCACAGGAUUAAAUGCAAGUUGUUGUUAUGAUAUGGUGAGUAAAUUAAAGCAUGGAGUUAAAAUUUAAGUUUGUAUAGCACUUAGCAUAACAGGGCCUGGCAUGGCCACGGCCUUUAGGCAGUUUCACCGUAUAAAUGUUCCUAUAAUCCUCAUUAAAUAUGUUUUUAAUGCCCAGUGGCUAUUAAAAAGAUAAUGGCACCGAUCAGAUGUGAAUCAGUUCACCCACAAAACACUUCCUUGAUGCACAUCGUUGCUAGGAGCUGCUUUGCUGCCCUGUUUUCUCUCCCCUUUACUAAUUCAGAGAAACAACGAGGAGCUGGUAAAGCAAUGCUUCUGGCUGGGCUCAGCACCUCCUCAUUUGGUGUGAAGUCUUCAGACCUCAAAGAAGCCAAGGGGACUGUGCGGGCUUAUUAAAAGUUAAGCAAGUUCUCCUGAUUUUCUCUUCUGGCUUCUUACGGUUUGAAGGUUUUCCGGAGGCUGUAGAGCUCUCUUCUGCAUCUGGAGAGUGUGUGAGGGUGGCUGUCACGAGGCUGAGAACAAUCUGCUGUCUCUGACAGGGUGCACCUGGCUGUAUGAUCUCAGUUUAGCUCCAGAAAUCUACUGGUUAAUAGCAUUCCACUUUAGUCUGGUGAUACUUUUUAUACCUUUACCGUUUGUUUUUCCUCUGUAUCAUGUUUUUUGCACUAGGCUGAUCUUGUUAAGUCGAUUGCACUGUUGUCCCUCUCCCCUCAGCCUUGCAGAGACGGGCCAUCUCCGGGGACCUGCGGGCUGGGGAGCACUGUAGAGAGGCUGUUGGUAGCCCACUUACUCUGUUGUUCAGUGCUUGGGUUUCCAGCUCUACACAGGGAGGAUUUAGAGGAAGAGAAACUUUGUCUUAGCGUUUGUAACAGGAAGCUUUUCUAUCACCUUAAUGUAGUUGAACUUCUUUUUAACAAAAACUGUCAAAGCUGGACUUCUCAGAGCGGUGUGCCAGGCAGCAGAGCAGCUGCAGGAGACAAAGCGAUUGAUUCCUGGAAUCCUGUUUUCCACCUACUCGGACUUCACUGUCGUCCCAUCUGCCAAACGUUUGAUCGCGCUGACACCUGGUGGCUGCUGGGAGUUGGAGACAAAAAAUAAUUGGAAAAAGGUACUUUUCCCCCUUCUUAUCUCCACGUAUUUGUUUCCUGUGACUUGCCUAGGACAGUCACUCGUCUUAUCGGCGAGGGGCUGCUGGACUUGCCUGUGAGCAGAGGGGCUCUCACCAAGCAUGUCAGGGAUGGUUUGUGUGAGGACAUCCCUGUCUGCAAAGCAGCGAGAUGGGACGUUCCCCACAGUCACCGGUCUAGAGUUCCAUCAGCCUCAGCUUCAUCUCCCUGCUUUCUCCUCCACUCGCCCCGUCUCAUCCUGGGGAGUACAGGCAGAAAACGGAGGCUCUGGCUUGAAAUUGAGGUGGCUCUUCCGAGAGAGCAUCAGGGGCUGGUGUGAGGAGCUCUGUGCCCCCGGCAACACUGGUGAUGGCCAAGAUCAGUGUGGCUCUCCAUCUCCGUGGGACGGUGGCCAGAUCUGGGAUGGCCAAGCUGCAGAUUCCUCCCAGAUGCCUAGAACAGGGUCUGUGAUGCGCAGUCCAACAUGUGCGAGGGCUCUGCACCCUGCAGACACCUGGUGGCAUGGAGGGUGUAAAGAAACAACGCGAAGUGACCUGGUAACCGUGGAGUAUGUAAUGCAGGUUGAGAAUACAGUUCCAGAUGCCACCUUAAGGAUCCCUCCGGCCGAAGGAUGCAGCAUGAAAGGAGGUAUAUUUAUCCUAUGGAUUGCUGCAGAAUGACCUUAGAGCAUCGCAGCAGGAUCCCACGGCAGCCCUUGCCCUCAGCACCUCGUCUGUUCCUGUCCACUUUCGCAGCCACGCAGGAGCCACCUCUCCUUCACAGAGGGUUUGGAGCAGCUCGAACAGUCAGAGGCAACCACCACCUUCAUCUGUGCUGGCUCCCGAGAGCCUCGUGGGCUCGUCUCGGCUGACAGGCAGGCUCCCAGCCCUUCUCAACGCCCUUGUUCCUGCUGGACCUAAACUGCCUGCAAGCCCUGGCCCCUGCUUGGGAUUGCUGCUGGAGAACACUUAGAAACACUCGCGUCUGGCCCUGGAAGCGUCAGGGUUGUGGUUUUUGUUUUCUUUGCAAUAAAACGCACCUCCUGGGUGUCUGAACACUGA